CUCGACCGCCCUGACCUGUUCAUCACCGACUCGUUUGUCGGAGGAAAGACUGUAGCUGCCCAGUCUGGCGCUACCUUUGAUGUUCUGGGCUUACAACGGAAAUCAUCACCAGACCCUGGCACUAACAAACCUUGGGCCAAGGUCGCGGACAGUGGGGCGGCCGACGUCGACGCGGCGGUACAGACGGCCCACGAGGCCUUCCAGUCAUACCGCAACAUCUCCAACCGCACGCGAGGUCAAUGGAUCCUCAGGUGGGAUGCCCUGAUGCGCGAGCACAAGAAGGACCUGGCGACGCUUCUCGUAUACGAGACCGGGAAGCCCAUGUACGAGGCCAUCGGCGAGAUGGACUACUCCCUGACCUUUACGGCGUGGUUUUCCUCCGAGGCCGAGCGCAUCCAGGGGACGUGCUUCGUCCCCUCGGCGCCCAACCGCCGCGUCUUCACCAUGAAGCAGCCGCUGGGCGUGGCUGUGGCCCUGGUGCCCUGGAACUUCCCGAUCGCCAUGGUACUGCGCAAGGCCGCGGCCGCCCUCGCGGCCGGCUGCACAAUGGUCGUCAAGCCGUCCCCCGAGACGCCCAUCACGGCCAUGGCCGUGGCCCGCCUGGCCACGGAGGCCGGCUUCCCGCCGGGGGUGCUCAACGUGCUGCCCACGAGCCUUUCCAACACGCCGUCGCUGAGCGAGGCGCUGUGCACGCACCCGCUCGUCAAGAAGGUGACGUUCACGGGGUCCACCCGCGUCGGCCAGCUCGUGGCCAACCACUGCAGCACCGGUCUCAAGAAGGUGGUGCUCGAGCUCGGCGGGAACUGCCCGUGCGUCAUCUUUGACGACGCCGACGUCGAGGCGGCCCUGCGCGAGCUCGUCGGCCUCAAGUGGCGCCACGCCGGCCAGGCCUGCGUCACGGUCAACCGGUUCAUCGUCCAGUCGGGCGUGUACGACCGCUUCGUCCGGCGCUUCACCGAGGAGUCGGCCAAGCUCGUCGUCGGCCACGGCGCCGCCGAGGGCACCACCCUCGGUCCCGUCACCAAGCCCGAGAGCCUCGACCGCGCCGACAGGCUCGUGGCCGACGCCGUCGCCAAGGGUGCCCACGUCGUCGCGGGUGGCGGCCGCAUCAGGGACAAGGGUGACGGCUACUUCUUCCAGCCCACCAUCCUGACCGACAUGUCCCACGAGUCGCGCAUGUCGUGCGAGGAGUGCUUCGCCCCCAUCGCCGCCUUUUACCGCUUCGAGACGGAGGACGAGGCCGUCAAGGCCGCGAACGACACCCCCAUGGGCCUCGCCAGCUACGCCUUCACCAAGGAUGUCGACCGCAUCUGGCGUCUGUAUGAGAACCUGGAGGCUGGCAUGAUUGGUCUCAACAGCGGCAAUUCGUCAGCUGCCGAGUCACCAUUCGGAGGCAUCAAGUACUCGGGCUACGGGAAGGAGGCCGGCAAGGACGUUGCCGUGAGCGAGUACAUGAUUACCAAGACGGGCACGUUGACGGUCAACGGUGUGGUAUGA